AUGAAGGGGAAAGGAACGAAAAGGGAAUCUUCAUCCUCCAAUUUGGAUUCCCAGGAACCUAGAAUGGACAUCAAGUCCAUCCUGAAAGAUAUUGAAUUUUUGGGUUCCUCACAUAUGACAUGGAAACAGAUAAAGGACUUGGAGAAUAAGAAGGUAGUGUCACUCGGUGGAAAGCCUCCAAAGAAACAGAGGUUACCUCUUAGUGUUGCUAGAAGAGCUAUACUUGGAAGGUUUGGAGCCUACAAUAGCAGUAGUUCCAAGAAGGUGCCAGAGAGGAAACCAGCAGAAGACAGAAUUCUAAAUUCGAUGCAAGACGAUUUCAGAAAGGGAGUUCUCAACGUCGGGCAUCUGUUGAAGCCCUCAGCCCCUGAAGCCUCUAACUACAAGGGCAGGCACCCUACAGGUAAAGGGAAGAAGAAGAAGAAGAAGAAGAAGAAAGAUGGCAAGAAAAGUCAUGGCAAGAGAAAGGGUGGUGGUGGUAGUGGUUGUCGUUAG